GAUCGGAGUGGAUCUUUUUGGGCAGGGAUGUGUCGGGGUCAAACGUUCACCUUGUGUAAACAUACACCCCCUUCCUCACACACUGCUGUGUUGGCUGAUCUUAUCUGGUAAACGUUACACAUCCACCAAAGCUGCCACGCAUCGCUCUUUCUGACAGCAGCAUAAAGACGCUCAAACACUACAGUGAUAAAAAAAGAAGCUGUCACACGCAGUAAAAGCUCCAAAGCGACUGGGCCCCCCCUCACUGGGAUUGGGCCAACGCCGUCCUUCUGGGAUUAUUUUUCUGCUAGUAAUGAACCAGCUGUUGAUGUUAUUGCUGCACUUGAAGUAAAGUUAAUUCCUGUGGGGGGUUAUUGUGAUGCAACACGGGUGUAACCGGACCAAGAAGUCAGUCCUCCUGUAUCGGAGGCCGCCCCCGCCGUGAGGCUUGAUCUCUCUGGACUCCUUGCCCUGUGUUGUUCUCAGAAGAGGGUGUUUAUGUGUGGUCCGGGCCUGUUUAUAUCCAUGCAGAAAGCCAUUUGGCGGCCGGCCAGACAGUCUGCUCCUGCUUGGAAGCCCAAGACUCCCCUUCUUGUCUGCCGCUAGGGGGCGAAGACCAAGGAAGACCAAUGUCAUUAGCCAAGUGGAUUGGCUGUUUGAAGGCUGGCUGCUAUAAAGUAGCGCAUGCUACGUUGUUUGCUCUAGUCUUUAUUGACAAGAUAAGAACAGACAAGCAAGUGAAUGAGUGACAAUGUGCACACACAGCUUACAUAAGACCUUGAUCAGGUUCAACCAGGCCAUGUUGUCAUGCUGCCUUCCCUAACCUGCCAUCUCUGAGCCACUCAACCAAAGUGUGUGGGGACGACCACUCUAUUGGUACACUCACUUUGGUGGACGUCAUGUGAUCUCGCAAACCCCCCCACCACCCCUCCUUUGGGAAUACUUGGGAAUACUCAAGGUGUUCAAGGCUGACAGCUCCCGUGACAGAUGAGUUUCCCUGGGGAAGAGAUGGGUGGGGUGGGGGGGGGGGGGGGGGUUGAUGCAAAGUACUUUUCUCUGCUAAUAGCAUAAUUGGUGUUUUAUUCAAGUCGCAAACUGCUGCUAUUUAUUCGGCCGUGCCGACACGCAGAUUCCAAAGUCAAAGCCAUAAAAGUGUUGACUAGAUGUCCUUGCGUUUUCUGUCCCCCCCCCCCCCCCUUAAACGUGCAGAUACUGCAAGCGGUGUUUAAUGUCACAUUUCACCAAAGGUGAUUGUGAUGGAAAUGAAGAAGAAGAUGAAGUUAUCCAGUACGAGCAGCCGCUAUUUGCCGUCAUUGUCUGGUUUCUGGAUUCGUCACCAAUUCUGCUAUUUAUCCUUUAAGGUGUUCAGGAUGCCAGCAUCUACUGGUGUCAUUGUCACUGGACUUUAGUCUUGGAAAAGGUGCUGAGGCCUCACUGACUAGCAUAUGUUUUAGCUUUAGAACAGAAAUGGACACGCGGCCAAAAUGCCCCAAUUAGAAAUCAAUUAGAAUCAGAAAACAUUCUUGCUGGAAGAUACGUCCUAAAUUAGUAGUUGGAUUUAUUUUUUUUUUCAGGAGCAGCUAAGAUCUUGCCAGAUUAAAUCAUGACAAGAAAAAACUGGUGUGGGUACAAGUCCUGGGACGAUAAUAAAUCCAUACAAUCAAUGAAAUGGAAGCCGAUCAUUUUGCCGGCCAUGUGCGUGCGUGUGCAUUGCUUUCAGCACCUUGGCACGUUUGUUGCGUAGAACAACAGCCUGGACGGAGUGAGACCUUUCCUCAGUCACACAGCCUUUGUCUCGGUGGGUGGACGUGUCCUGGCGUCAAGCCCUCCUGGUGACGGACUAUUUAAAUCGUCUUCAGUGUUUCACUUCCAGUUACGAGGACAAAAGGAAGGGCUAGCCAGAGAAUGAAAGCUUUGUAAUUAUGCCCCCCCCCCCCUACACACAUGGACCCAAGAGCCUCGUUAGAGAUGACAACCCUAAUAGACUCUUUCAGGACUAAUUAUGAGUUGUCCGUGGCUGGGAUGAAAAGGCGGUGUAAUUGGGGGAGCGGACGGCGGGAGAUCAUGGUGAAGGUCUUAGCAGCGUUCCUGUCUCUUCUUUCCGCACGCUGACGGAUCCAUGUUGUUCUAGUUCCUACCAAAUCUAGAGGCAGGUCCUUCCUCCUCUAGCGGGUGUGGUCUGGUUGCCGUUGGCCUGCUGACCUCAGUUCAGCGCACUAAAUGACAUCCAUUUAGCUAAUGAAGCAAAUCAUUAGAGGCCCAUUGGAGCAGCUAGCUAGUGAGUGUUCUGCUUGUUUGAUGCGUCUAAGACAGGACGCCAAAGAUAAGCGUCUGUGCGUUACAUCAACGACACGUUGACUAGAAUGCUUUCUUCCUUCCCUUCCUUCGUGGAGCAGGAAGUGGCAUGGCUGCUGUGUGACCAGCAACACAAAACAGGAAAACAGGAUCCCGCCAUCCACGAUCCUUAUGUUCGCCCGCCCUGCCCAACAACAUGGCCUACUUCGGCAGCUCCCAGGAGGAGGAGGACCUGGGGGAGGACGAGGAGGAAGAGGAGGAGGAGGUGAGGAACGGCAGCGGAGGCGUUCACCCGCACGUGGCUUCUUCGCAAGCUUCCGCGUCUUCCUCCUCGUGUCACUCCACGCCACGCAAGGGGAAGCCUCCCACGCGGCUCAACGGCCACGUCUUCAACAACCACGGCAAAGCGUCGCCGAGAGAGAGCCCGAGGCCCAAGGCGCCGCCACCCCCGCCGCCGCCCCUCCUGAGAGAGCGCAGCGAGCGAGCGGAGGCGAGGGAGCACGUGAGGAUGCUGCAGGCCAUGGCCAGCGCUCGCGACGCCACCAACGGGCUGUCGACGAGAAGAGCCGCCGAGGAGCUCCGCAAGCAGGUCUCCAGAAUGAACGGGCUGACGCGGCUGAGCGCCAUGCAAGCGGCCAACGGCGCCAAGAGGGGCCGCGACUUCCGCCUGCCGUCCAAAACUGUGAAGAAGUACACAGCCACCGUGUCCAAGGGCCACGUCACCUACACCAAAGCCAAGCAGAGAGAACUGGGCAAGAAAACCAAACUCAGCAGCAGCAGCAGCAGCAAACACACGAGCGCCUCGGCGUCUGCGAACAAUCACAAUCAGCACAGCCAGCCAGCAGCCAGCAACGGGCUGGCCCACUCAGGAAAAGCAGCGGCGUCGUCAGCCUACCACAGCAAUGCAAAAACACGCAAACAGGUGCUACUGUCAUCCAACGGGCUGCUCAGGGGCGCCCGCCUCAACGGGAGGCUCAACGGGCAGCGCCACAACCCCCCGGCCAAGGAGGACAGCCAGAGACAAUGCCCGCAGGGCCAGGGCGACUUCCAAGGGCGGGAGGGGCUGCGGAACUCCAAGCGGCGCCUGGAGGUGGCGCUCCACCCGGUCGGGGAGCAGAAGGCCAAAAGCGCCGAGCUCAAGAAGGCCAAGCUUCAGGCCACGCCCCUGGAGACGCGCAGCAGCAAGAAGGUGGCCGCCCCCGUGCAGACCGCCGCCGCCACUCGGCUUUCUAACGGACACGUUUCCCCACCGCCCCCUCCUCCCGAAACCACUCCCCCCGCACUCCCGUCCCCGACACCCCUCGCUCAACAAUCUUCUACACCAGCAGCCACCGCCGCUGAGUCGGUGAACCAGCGGCCCAAGCGGGCGUCGGCCGGCAAGCUGAUGUUGAUCCGCCAAGCACAGCAGCAACUGAGCAGGUCUCACGGCCGCAGUGCCGCCUCUUCCUCGCCGUCGUCAGGCCACAAUCACUCCCACAGCCCCAGUCACGGCAGCACUACCUCAGACCCCCGGCAGGGCUCCGCCUCCUCCCCGCUCGCCAGCACUCCGGGACAGCUCAGGCCGGUGGCGCCGCGGCCGGCCGACCGCGACAAGGAGUGGGAGCGCGAGAAGGAGCUGGCGCGCCAGAAGGAGCGCGAGCAGGAGAAAGAGUGGGAGCGCCAGCGGAGCCGGCCCGACGGCUGGGCGGCGCUGGGGGAGGUUCCCGUCUUCCUGCCGGCGCCGCGCGAGUUCCAGGACCCGUUGGUGUACCUGGACGCCGUGCGGGAGCAGGCUGAGGCCGCCGGCAUGUGCCGUGUGGUGCCGCCGGCCGACUGGCGGCCCGAGUGCAAGCUGAGCGAGGAGAUGCGCUUUGUGACGACCGUACAGAGGGUCCACAUGCUGGGGCGGCGCUGGGGGCCCAACGUGCAGCGGCUGGCCUGCAUCCGAAAACACCUCAAAUCUCAGGGCAUUACCAUGGACGACACGCCCGUCAUUGGUGGCUGUGAAGUGGACCUGGCGCGCUUUUUCCAGCUCAUCAACGACAUGGGCGGCAUGCAGCAGGUGAUGGACCUGAAGAAGUGGACCAAGCUGGCCGACCUCCUCCGCAUCCCCAAGUCGGCGCAGGACCGCUUGGCCAAGCUGCAGGAAGCCUACCUGCAGUACCUCCUCUCCUACGACUCGCUGGGCGCCGAGGAGCGCCUCCGGCUGCAGGGGGAGGUGCUGCAGGAGAAGAGGCGGCUGGAGUCGCGCCACGGGCCUCUGGAGGGCCUCUCGGACUCCACGGCGCCCAGCGCGCUGGCGUUGCCGCGCUACGAGCCCAAGAACGGGCUGGCGGGCGGCGUGGUGGGCGGCGGGGGGGCGGCGGGUCACCACCGCGCCAACGGCGUGUACCAACAUCUGAAGGAGCUGGAGGCUCAGGUCAAAGCGGGCCGGCGGCGGCUCUUUGCUCAGGAAAAACACGGCAGCGAGGACAGGGAGGAAGAGGAGAAGGACAGCCAUGGCGUCCUCGGCGAGCAGCACAAAUGUAUUUACAAGGGGAAGUCGGUGUCGCUGACCAACUUCUUCAGGAUAGCACGCAACACCAUGACCAUGUGCUUCCACAAGGAGCCCGGUGCCGCCGAGGUGGAGCAAGAGUACUGGCGCAUCGUGGAGCAGAGGGACGGCCACGUGGCGGUGCAUUGUGGGAAGGUGGACACCAGCACGCACGGAAGCGGAUUCCCCACCGGGAAGUCUGAGCCCUUUUCAAAGCACGGAUGGAACCUCACUGUCCUCCCCAAUAAUUCUGGAUCCAUCCUGCGGCAUCUGGGUGCCGUGCCAGGGGUCACCAUUCCCUGGCUGAACGUCGGCAUGGUCUUUUCUACCUCAUGCUGGUCUCGAGACCAAAAUCGCCUUCCAUAUAUCGAUUACCUACACACUGGUGCUGAUUGCAUUUGGUAUUCUGUCCCUGCUGAGGAGAAGUCCAAGCUGGACAAGGUGGUCCAUACACUGCUGCAGGCCAACGGGACCCCAGGACUAGAAAUGUUGGAGAAGAACGUCAUGAUUUCUCCAGAGGUGCUGUCCCGCGAGGGCAUCAAGGUUCACCGCACGGUCCAGCGGAGCGGCCAGUUUGUGGUCUGCUUCCCCGGUGCCUUCGUGUCCAAAGUGUGCUGCGGCUACAGCGUGUCCGAGACUGUACACUUCGCCACGCCCCACUGGAUGAACCUGGGAUACCAGGCGGCGAAGGACCUGAAGUGUCGCCGCAUCGCCAAACCUUUCUCCAUGGAGAAGCUGCUCUACCAGAUCGCCACGGCCGAGUCCAAGCGGGACAACGGCCUCCUCCUCACCACCAUCUCCACCCUUCUCAAAGACCUCAGGAACAUAGAGAUGCGCCAGCGGCAGGAACUCUACAAGGCGGGCCUCCUCUCCACGGCGCGCUACGGCGCCCACGACGGUGGUGUGGGGGCGGCGGCGGGCGAGGGGCGCAAGAAGCCCCGCGGCAAGUGGAUGACGUUGGAGUCGUCGGAGAGACGCUGCCAGAUCUGCCAGGACCUCUGCUACUUGUCCAUGGUGGUCCAGGAGACGGACAACGUGGUCUUCUGUCUGGAGUGUGCGCUGCGCUACGUGGAGAAACACAAGUCCUGCAGAGGCCUCAAGAUGAUGUAUCGCUAUGACGAGGAGCAAAUCAACAACUUGGUGAACCAGGUGUGUGGGCGGGCCAUGUUAAAGAGUGGCGGCGGUGGGGGCGGAGUCAUUAUGGGAACGGUGGGGGGCAACGCUUGUCACGCCAUCGCCCCGCCAGUCAAAGCCUCGCCGGCCAAGCGGGCGCCCCGGAAGCGCGGCGCCAUGGAGGUGUCGCUGGCACGCCUGUCCUCCAGUCACAUGCCCAAGGCUGCCGCCGUGUCCUGAGGGUACACCCCCCCAGGUACCCCCCCAAUAAUGAUCACGUGACCAUGAAAGAAGCAACGCAAGAUGUCAUUUUGCACUAGUAUGAAAGAUAUGAAAGACCCCCCCCCCCCCCAAAUAUUUUUUGUCACCCUCCUGACUGAAAUUUUUCUCAAGAGACAAACAUGACAUCGAGUAACAACCCAAAUAUCCCCCCCCCCCCCCCCCAGAUGCAGCUCCUCUUGCGUUAUCACUUUGACAUGGGGGGGGGGCUGUUGUUGUAGCGACGUGAGGUAAAAAACUUGAAAGAUGUUGUUGGUGAGCGUUUCCUUUUUUUAACACUUUCAUUUUAGACGCUAUUUUUUUUUGCGUGAGGUGGGCGCAGCGUAACGGCCGCUUGGCUUCCCCCCACCCCCCCACCCCACCCCAACCCGCAGACCCGCCUUAAGUGGUGCUUGUGAUGUUACUGUUUAAGCAUACAUUGAAAAAUGGAAAGAUAAAACGGGGGGGGGGGGGGGGGGGAUUGGCGUUUUAGCGCUAGCCACCACCGCUAGCUGGCUUUUCAACUUUAGAUUUUUUUGUGUCUUUUUCUGGUUGGAGAAGUGCAAUCGUGAUAACAUUCCAUUCUUCCAGUCAACAUGAAUUAUUAUUAUUAUUAUUAUUAUUAUGGUGUGUUUUUUACUUUAUCAAGUAGAGCCACUAGUUUCAAAUGUGAAAUAUUCUUUAUCGCUUUCUUUUUCCUCCUUUUUUUUUUCUUUUUUUUUUAGAAAGGAACCUUUUUGUACAUAAUCCUGUACAUUUCUUUACAUACUUGAGCCUUUUGGGUGGUGGGGGGGGGCAAGGGGUGAGAGGGAGGGAGGGCGGGAGGAAGUGAGGAAAGGAAGGGUGAUGAUGAUGAUGAUGAUGAUGAUGAAGAAAAAGCCUUACAUUUUUCCCUUUCUUCAUCCGCGUGACGCUGACAGGGUCGCUCCGGUGUACAGAAAUCAAACUUUUAAGUGCUGCUUAUAUCACUAAGAAAUAAGACGACUGCCCAUCCCCCCCAAACCCACCUGCCCCCCUCCCCCAGCCAGCCUGGUUUUCUUUGUUUAGCUUUACUUUUUUCAAGAAAAGGGAAAAUGGCGGCGAGAGAAAAAGGAGGCGGUUGAGAAGGCGGUAGCUACUCGUGUUGCACUGAGCUUGCCCGUCGGGAUGGCCGGGACCAAAUCCUCCCAUCCCGCCCAGACUCCAACUCUUUUGGGACAAUUUAAGGAGUCGCCCCCACGUGGGCCGUUUGACAUGACACACACACACACACAUAAACACACACAAACACACACUCGAAAAGGUGGUUGUCAACUUUUUAUGGCCUUAACCUUUGAUUUGUGUUAUUAUCUGCGACUCCUUUGGUUUUUCCUGUCCUCGUUUCUACAAGUGGAAGUUCUCGCUGACGAGUGAGUCUCUUAAUUUAUUGGUGCCGCCAUCCGCAAAGAGUCUCAUGUUGGUUACACACUUUUUUACUUUUUUGCAGUUUGUACUUUUAAGGUUGGAAAAAAAUUAAAAGUUGCCGACAAGUCACUGUCAA